AUGUUUGACAGCUCGCAGUAUCCCUACAAUUGCUUCAAUUACGAUGCCGAUGACUACCCUGCCGGCAGCUCCGACGAGGAAAAGCGGCUCACGCGACCCGCAUACAGCUACAUUGCCUUGAUCGCCAUGGCCAUUCAGCAGAGCCCAGCGGGCAGGGUGACCCUGUCGGGCAUCUACGACUUCAUCAUGCGCAAGUUCCCCUAUUACCGCGCCAACCAGCGCGCCUGGCAGAACUCCAUCCGCCACAACCUGUCCCUCAACAGCUGCUUCGUCAAGGUGCCGCGGACCGAGGGCCACGAGAAGGGCAAAGGCAACUACUGGACGUUCGCGGGCGGCUGCGAGUCGCUGCUGGACCUCUUCGAGAACGGCAACUACCGGCGGAGGAGGCGGCGGCGCGGCCCCAAACGGGAGGGGCUGCGGGGUUCGUGCGCAGGAGGCGCUGAUGGGCCCGGGGGUCCCUCCGAGCCGAUUGCUGCGCGGGGGUCCCCAGCCCCAGACGGCGCGGGAGUGGCCGGGCCCCAAGAAUCUGCAGCCAGCCUGGCCAGCCCGGGGAAGGCGCACCCCAGGGACAUCAAGUUCAGCAUUGACUACAUCCUCUCGGCGCCCGGCCCCUCUCCGGGGCCCAGUCUCUGGGCGCCUGAGGGCAGACACCCCUGGCUGCAGGCCCCGCAGGUGAACCUCCACUUGUGGACAGUGUGA